UGCGCGCGCGGUGACGUCACCAGGCCGAGCCGCGACCGCCGACGGGAGAGCGCUCCCCAAGCGAAGAGAGCACAUCCGGGACGUUCACUUUUACACUCAGUCUCUGGCGAUCAUUGCCGGACUCUCCUCGCUCACUGCCCCGUUACCGCGGCAACGCUCCGGCAGCCACCCCGCGGCUCCGCGUGACGUCAGUGCCAAGGCGCGUCCUCGCGGAUGGCGACCCCGCCCUAGCACCCGGGCGCCUCCCGGCCUCCUCCCCCGCACUUCGAGCGCCUGCGGGAGGUGGGCGCCGCCCGCACGCCCCGGAGGCCCCGCCCCGUGAGUCAGGCGGUCUCGCGGACCGCGGGCGCCGGACGCGCCACGCCGCCAGAUCUCGGGAGCGUCAGGCGUCAGCGCCCCGAGAGUUUGGUAACUCGGGUAGGCGACUGGAGGACAAAGAAAACGACUGCGGUAUUAAUAACUAGUGUUUUAGCCAAGUCCCCGAGUGUGCCCCUCGAUCCUUCAGAACAGAGGAUGCGUUGAGAAGCGUGUGGAAGACAGGAAGAGAACCCGGGCGAUCUCCGGAUAGGGUCCCAGGAAACGGCGCCGCUGCGGAGGGCAGCCGCAGGUAUUUCUGAAGAAUAUCGCUGGUCUGUGAAAAUCUCUGUAAUUCUGUAUUACAUGGGGUCUUGAUAACCCUUUUGCAAAGAGGAAAUAAGUUGGUGAUGGGGUACACCCACUGACCAAUGGACUCAAAGAAGAGAAGCUCAGCAGAGGCAGAAGGAUCCAAAGAAAGAGGCCUGGUCCAUAUCUGGCAGGCAGGAUCCUUUUCCAUAACACCAGAGAGGUUGGCGGGCUGGGGAGGAAAGACUGUUGUUCAGGCAGCCCUAGGAGUGAAGCAUGGCGUUCUCCUGACUGAAGAUGGUGAAGUCUACAGCUUUGGGAGCCUUCCCUGGAAGAGCGAGCCUGUGGAAGUUUGUCCAGCCAGCCCUGUCCUAGAAAAUGCCUUGGCUGGGCAUCACGUGGUCACAGUGGCAACAGGGAGUUUCCACAGUGGAGCAGUGACGGAAGGUGGGGCAGUGUACAUGUGGGGUGAGAACUCUGCAGGCCAGUGUGCAGUCGCCAACCAGCAGCAUGUGCCGGAACCGAGCCCUGUCAGCAUCUCUGAUUCUGAGACCAGCCCUUUGAUGGCAGUCAGGAUUUUACAGUUGGCAUGUGGUGAGGAGCACACCCUGGCACUGUCAAUAAGCAGAGAGAUUUGGGCAUGGGGUACUGGCUGUCAGCUGGGUCUCAUCACCACCACCUUCCCAGUGACAAAACCGCAAAAGGUAGAACAUCUUGCUGGGCGUGUGGUGCUGCAGGUGGCCUGUGGUGCUUUCCACAGCCUGGCCCUCGUGCAGUGCCUCCCUUCCCAGGAUCUGAAGCCAGUCCCCGAAAGAUGCAGCCAGUGCAGCCAGCUCCUCAUUACAAUGACUGACAAAGAAGACCACGUGAUUAUAUCAGACAGCCACUGUUGCCCGUUAGGGGUGACACUGACAGAGGCCCAGGCAGAAAGCCGCACCAGCACUGUCAUCAGCCCCUCCACCGAGCCCCUCGAUAGCCAGGGAGGAGUGUUUGAAAACACUGUUGUGGAAGCUGGCCUGCCCACUGCCCCUGACCUGCAUAUGGGGUGUUCUCAGAUCACAAGUGGCGAUGCCAUUUCCUGCCAACAGAACGUCUUGGGAACGGCUGAAGUUGGUUCUGAGAGAGGCGCACUGCCAUGUCCCGACACCCAGGCGCUACAUGAACACUUGGAGGAACUGUCUGAUCACUCAGUCAGGGAGGACUCUGAGAGCUGUGAGAAGCCAGUGCCAUCUCAGCCUCUUGAAGAAGAAGCAGUUCCUAAUCCACACAGCCCACCCACCACCAGCACCUCAGCCCUUAAUAGCCUGGUAGUCUCUUGUGCAUCUGCUGUUGGCGUGAGAGUGGCUGCUACCUAUGAAGCUGGGGCCUUGUCUCUUAAGAAAGUGAUGAACUUUUAUAGUACAGCCCCUUGUGAAACUGGAGCUCAGGCAAGCAGUAGUUGCAUAGGCCCAGAAGGUCUAAAAGACAGCAGAGAAGAACAAGUUAAACAGGAAUCAAUGCAAGGAAAGAAAAGUUCAAGUCUUGUGGAUAUCAGAGAAGAAGAAUCAGAAGGAGGCAGUCGGAGACUCUCCCUCCCUGGAUUGUUGUCUCAAGUUUCUCCCAGACUCUUAAGAAAGGCUGCAAGGGUGAAAACCAGGACAGUGGUUCUGACCCCGACCUACAGCGGGGAAGCUGAUGCGCUGCUGCCUUCUCUGAGAACGGAGGUGUGGACCUGGGGGAAAGGGAAGGAGGGGCAGCUGGGCCACGGCGAUGUUCUGCCUCGGCUUCAACCAUUGUGUGUCAAGUGUCUGGAUGGUAAAGAGGUAAUCCAUCUGGAGGCGGGUGGUUACCAUUCUAUGGCACUUACUGCAAAAUCCCAGGUUUACUCAUGGGGUAGCAAUACUUUUGGUCAACUUGGGCAUUUUGAUUUUCCAACAACUGUUCCUCGCCUCGCAAAGAUAAGCAGUGAACGUGGAGUCUGGAGUGUAGCUGCAGGCCAGGAUUAUUCCCUGUUCUUAGUGGAUACAGAAGACUUCCAGCCUGCGCUGUAUUACAGUGGUCGACAGGACCCUGCCGAAGGUGACAGCCUUCCAGGGAGUCCUGGAGGUGCCAGGGCUCCAGUGCUUCUCUCCUGGAGUAAGCUUGGAUAUAUAAGCAGAGUAGCAGCAGGAAAAGAUAGCUGUCUGGCCUUGGUGGACAAGAAUAUUAUGGGGUAUAUCGCCAGUCUGCACGAGUUGGCUGCUAGUGAAAGACGGUUCUAUUCAAAACUGAGUGGUGUCAAAUCUCAGCUACUCAGGCCUCUUCUCAGUAUAGAGAAUCUGGGCCCUGUGACUGCAGUGCAGCUCUUGCAGGAGGUUGCAAGCCAGCUCAGCAAGCUGUGUUACCUGACUGGUCAGCACGGAGCCUCCCUGAGCAGCUUCCUUCAGGGCACAAAGGAAGCUGGGAAUCUGGUCAUCCUGAAACAUGCGAGUCUCUUCUUGGAUAGUCACACAGAGUAUUGCACAUCAAUUACAAAUUUCCUGGUUAUGGGAGGAUUCCAGCUUCUUGCUAAGCCUGCCAUUGAUUUCCUAAAUAAAAAUCAAGAGCUGUUGCAAGAUCUGUCAGACGUGAAUGAUGAAAACACUCAGUUGAUGGAAAUAUUGAAUACUCUUUUUUUCUUGCCAAUCAGACGCCUUCAUAAUUAUGCAAAAGUUUUGCUAAAGCUUGCUACUUGUUUUGAAGUGACAUCUCCAGAAUAUCAGAAGCUGCAGGAUUCCAGUUCUUAUUAUGAGUCUCUUGCUGUCCAUCUCAGCAGGAAAAGGAAGGAAGCAGAGAACACACUGGGCUUCUGGAAGACCUUUCCUGGAAAAAUGACGGAUUCCCUGAGGAAGCCAGACCGCCGACUGCUGUGUGAGAGCAGUAACCGAGCCCUCUCUCUGCAGCAUGCUGGCAGGUUUUCUGUGAAUUGGUUCAUUCUCUUUAACGAUGCCCUUGUCCACGCCCAGUUCUCCACACACCAUGUCUUUCCAUUGGCCACGCUCUGGGUGGAGCCGCUCUCUGAAGAAGCCAGCAGUGUGAAUGGCUUGAAGGUAACUACACCUGAAGAACAGUUCACUCUCCUUUCAUCAACACCCCAGGAAAAGACUAAGUGGCUACGGGCCAUAAGCCAGGCUGUGGAUCAGGCUCUGCGGGGGACAUCUGAUCUUCCGGCUUAUGGGAGUGGCAGCAGUGUGCAGAGGCAGGAGCCACCCAUUUCACGCAGUGCCAAAUACACUUUCUACAAGGACCCUCGCCUGAAGGAUGCCACUUACAGUGGGCGCUGGUUUUCAGGGAAGCCCCAUGGCAGAGGGGUGUUGAAGUGGCCCGAUGGAAGGAUAUAUUCUGGCAUGUUCAGAAAUGGCUUGGAAGAUGGGUAUGGAGAAUACAGAAUCCCAAAUAAGUCUCUGAACAAAGAAGAUCAUUAUGUGGGCAACUGGAAAGAAGGAAAAAUGUGUGGUCAAGGAGUCUAUAGCUAUGCCUCUGGUGAAGUGUUUGAAGGCUGUUUCCAAGACAACAUGCGCCAUGGCCAUGGCCUCCUCCGAAGUGGAAAGCUGACUUCCUCCUCGCCCAGCAUGUUCAUUGGCCAGUGGGCCAUGGAUAAGAAAGUGGGGUACGGCGUCUUUGAUGACAUCACUAGAGGAGAAAAGUAUAUGGGCAUGUGGCAAGAUGAUGUAUGUCAUGGGAAUGGUGUGGUUGUUACCCAGUUUGGACUAUACUAUGAAGGCAACUUCCACCUUAAUAAAAUGAUGGGAAAUGGAGUUUUACUUUCUGAAGAUGAUACUAUCUAUGAGGGAGAAUUUUCUGAUGAUUGGACUCUGAGUGGAAAGGGUACACUGACAAUGCUAAAUGGAGAUUACAUUGAAGGGUAUUUUAGUGGAGAAUGGGGAUCUGGGAUAAAAAUCACUGGAACCUAUUUCAAGCCCAGUCUGUAUGACAGUGAUAAAGACAGACCCAAAAUUCUCAGGAAGCUAGGAAACCUGGCGGUGGCAGCUGAUGAGAAGUGGAAAGCAGUGUUUGAUGAAUGUUGGCACCAGCUGGGCUGUGAGAGUCCAGGCCAGGGCGACGUCUGGAAAGCCUGGGACAACAUCGCUGUGGCCCUGACCACCAGUCGGCGCCAGCACAGAGACAGUCCAGAAAUAUUAAGUCGUUCACAGACUCAGACACUAGAGAGUUUGGAAUUCAUUCCACAGCAUGUUGGUGCCUUUUCUGUGGAGAAGUACGAUGACAUCAAGAAGUAUUUAAUAAAGGCCUGCGACACUCCCCUGCACCCGCUGGGCAGGCUUGUGGAGACUCUGGUCGCCGUGUACAGAAUGACCUAUGUGGGUGUGGGGGCCAGCCGCCGGCUGCUGCAGGAGGCUGUGAAGGAGAUUAAAUCCUAUCUUAAGCGAAUUUUCCGACUGGUGAGGUUCUUAUUUCCGGAGCUUCCUGAAGAGGGCAGCACAGUUCCUCUCUCUGCUCCUCUGCCGACUGAAAGGAAGUCAUUUUGCACUGGGAAGUCAGACUCCAGAUCUGAAUCACCAGAGCCAGGGUGCAUGGUAACAAGCUCUGGAUUACUGUUGCCGGUGCUGCUGCCACGGCUGUACCCACCGCUCUUCAUGCUGUAUGCCCUGGAACAUGACCGCGAGGAAGACAUCUAUUGGGAAUGUGUGCUGCGGCUAAAUAAGCAGCCAGAUGUGGCUCUCUUGGGCUUUCUUGGAGUGCAGAGGAAAUUCUGGCCAGUCACUUUGUCAAUCCUUGGCGAAAGUAAAAAGAUUUUGCCAACCACAAAAGAUGCUUGUUUUGCCUCAGCAGUAGAAUGUCUGCAACAGAUCAGCACAACCUUUACCCCGUCAGACAAACUGAAGGUCAUCCAGCAGACAUUUGAGGAGAUCUCCCAGAGUGUCCUGGCUUCACUCCGGGAAGACUUCCUGUGGUCCAUGGAUGACCUGUUCCCUGUGUUCUUGUAUGUGGUGCUUCGGGCCAGGAUUAGGAAUUUAGGCUCUGAGGUACACCUCAUUGAAGAUCUGAUGGACCCUUAUCUUCAACAUGGGGAGCAGGGUAUAAUGUUUACUACCUUGAAGGCAUGUUACUACCAGAUCCAACGUGAGAAGCUUAACUAGGCUGCAUAACAGCUUGAAAACUGGAUUAUCUACUGCCAUCUGGAGUCUGUUUGUGAUGGUGAAAAAGGACAGUGUUGAAAUGGGAAAGGGCUUUAUGUAAUUUCAGUUGUUAUUUCUGAGCCUCACUAAUAGUUAGAGCCCAGAGCCCAGAAAAAAACAGUUUUUUAAAAGGAAGAUAGAAGACUAGGUAGAAAUCAUACUGGACCAGUCCUUGACCUACGUUAAAUUCCAAGCUUCGUACUUGUGUUUGGAACAGGAGGAUGUCCCUCCUGCAGUCAGGGGCAUGUCAGCUACGUGACAUUGCAAGAAAAGUUUCCCAGCACAGCAUCUGCAUUAAAGAGGCUGGUGAAUGUGUCUGAGUUUCCGGAUUGCCAGAAUCCGUCUGCAGUUACCCAGAUCCAUUUGCAAGAAGCAGGCUGCACUUGAAACCCUAGCAGCCAUGCUCUGCCUCCUGACCCUCCCAGUUGCAUCAUGCUUCUUUGCUGGGGGAGGACAAAGAGGAGUUUUUAAACUGCAGUUACAACUUUUUCUAAGCUUUUCCACUGAGUAUUGAGGGACUGUCACAUUCUGACCCAAAAUGUAGACUGCAUCCAGAUAGUAGUCUUCUGCCUCCUAAUUACAAAAAGCAGAGGAAUUCUGAUUUUGCUUUCCCCACUGAGCUACAGAGCAAGUACACUGGAACUCCACACUGACCCCAGGCCACUGUGGCCCUCAGCUGUCCAUGUGCAGAUGCUGCAUGCUGAGACUGGGACACGCCGUUCCUCUGCAGCCUGAAGCCUGGGACGUGUGGAGACAGAACUGCAUGGACCCUCAUCCUAGUGUUCUUCUUCCCAUACCUUGCACUGAAGCCACAGGUGGGAAGAAAAAGGAAAUGACCUUUGGCUUCCCAUCUCAAAAGUAUUGUUCACCUCACAGUUGAGUGUUUUGCUCUUUUUAAUAUCCUGUUGUAAGUCGUUGGUUUACACUGCAUCAGUAACACUAGCUGCUUGGGUCACAGGGGUGCUCUUCCUCUGCUCAUCUCCCCACCGUGGUGCACACAGGAGCCCAAGCAAUGUGAAGUGACCAAACAGAUACUCAUUGCUGUUGGAAAAGGAUCGUGGUCUCUGCUCUUUAUAAUCAAGACAAAUGUUUGUUAAAUACUGUUUCAGAAUGUUGGCCAUAAUGUACAGCAAUUUUCCUAAUAAAAGACAUUCAUCUUUAUGAAGUUGUUAUAGAAGAAAUGACAUUGGGCAGCCUAAAAAAUCAAAGGAAACCCAGGCUCCCUUGGCCUCAGAGGACCCUCUGGAGUUUGAGAGACAGGGACUCACUAUUAGCUUAGGCUGGCCUCAAACUGAUGGCAAUCCUCCUGCCUCAGCCUCCCAAGUUCUGAGAUUACAGGUGUGCACAACCACACCCAGUGAGAGCUCUCUGUCUUUGAUAAUAUAGGUCAGUAAUUACAGUACCUUUGGUGGCAAAGAACAAGUUAACUUUUUUUUUUUUUUUGUACUGGGUGUUGAACUCAGGACCUUGCACUUGCCAAGCAGGUGCUGUACUGCUGAGCUACAUCCCUGGCCCAACAAGUUAACUUUCUGAUUCUAAUAACCCAAGGAUGAGAGUCUUAAAAGAAAUCUAUUAUUUCUUUGAAUAAAGGACAUAUUUUAAAAGGUGCUCAUUUUCCUGUUUUUUAUCUCAUGAGCAGUUUCAGGGAAGGAAAGAAGGAGGAUUUAAAAUUCUAGUUAGAAACGUGAGGUAUCAGUCAUGCUCCCUGCGCUGUGUGUGAAAGGACCAACUGAACGAAAGGUCUGGGUUAAACAGUUUCCAUUUCUAUCGGGAUUGUUUUGACUUUCUGAAAACACAUGCGAAUAGCAUAUUUGGCUGGCAAAGACAGAUUUAUUGAACAUCUAGUUCCUUAAGAGAGAUAAUAUGUGCAAACGAGCCCCCCCAAAAAAGCUUUGUCCAUUCAAGAUCAAUGAACCCAUCAAGAAAUUCCCCAAUGACAACAGCCAUCUCCAGGCUAGAAGGACAUGAUGCAACCAGUCCUUUCACUGGAGUCUUAAAACUGUCCAGUUACUUUGGAUUCUUCAUUCUAUAUAUUUAUACUUUCCAGACAGAGUAUUAAAAUUAUAAAUUUUCAUCUCAGGGAAAAGCCCUAAACCUCUAGGCCAGUGUCUGUAAGUAGAAAUACCUAGCACUUGCUUACCAACUCAAGAAGAUCUUUCACAAGUAUGACAGCUGCUCCCAGCGCCUAGGAGUGGAAUCUACCGCCUUUCUCCCCACCUACAACAAGGAGGAGCGAGAUGUGCUCACUGUCAGACCUAAGACUCUAGCCUUUAACUUCCCUACUCCAGCUCCGGUGUUACGCUACCACAGCCAGAGACAACAUUUUAUAGCUAGGUUUAGAAAUUUUCAAAGUUAAAAGUGAAAACUUAAAAUUGUUUUUGGUAAAAUAUGCUGUACUCAGAAUACUCAUAAAUGUGUAAAUUCCAGGUUGUGUUUUCCUCUACAGUGGGUGGACGAAGAAAGCCAUGUGUUUGAGUUACAAAGGACUGAAAACUUUUCACAGUUGGCAUUUGGUCUUUUGUCAGUGAGCAGCACCGUUCCUCUUGGUCUUUAUGUGAAACCUAUUUCCAGAUGCUCUUUCUGCUGACCAUCCCUUAUACAGUAAUACAAAUUUUUAAUAAAGACAGUUGGCUUUUUUUCCUGUCUGCAAA